CGUAGAGGUAGUAAACGAAACUGAACGUGAGCAGAAAAGAUAGGACGAGGAUCAUGCCGCCAACUUCCCUGUUGUGACUGUCGAAACGAAGUUAUUAAAUCAGUUACAAACAUGAGCUCCCGGAAACGCGGUGCUGCCAAGAAGCUAGACGCCAGUGGGCCUGCGGUCGCGGCCACGAGCACCCAAUUUGCGGAUGAACCGUUUACGAAGACGCCGAUCGUGUCCACGAGACGCAUCGUGACCCGAGCUGCGCUGUCGCUGGCUCUGGUCGGCGUGCUGUACAUCUCGGCCAAAUGGAAACCUCAGUCCACGUCGGCGAGCUUGGCAGGCGUGGCAGAGAGCCUUACCCUGAGAUCCCAAGCGGUGCCCUGUUCGGAGGACUACGUGGAAGAGCGAAAGCUUUUCAGCGAAUGUGCACCCAGGAAGUGCGGAAGGGUGGUUUCAGACAGCGUGGUGACAGCCAAUGAAGUUCUUGUUCUCCUCAGGAUUGCACAAAGGGGCCUUUCUCUGGGGCGAUCCGACGGAGGUGCAUCCAUCUUGGAUCUUCAUUCUGGGCUCCUCAAGCAGAAGGGCAAGUUACUGUUUACGGAGGAAGACAUCAAGGUGUACAGGCAGGUGAAGAUUAAGAUCCGCAGCCUGAUUGCGUUCCAGUUCGGAGCGACGCCCGAGAGCCUGCACCUGACGCAUCCGACCUUCUUCUCCGAGAUGACAGAUCGUCCGGCCCUGACCGUUCAUGACCAGUACUGGCACGUCCACGUCGACAAGAAAACAUAUGGGUCGUUCCAUUACACGUCGUUGCUCUACCUGUCCGACUACGCUACGGACUUCGACGGCGGACGCCUGGUGUUUGUGGACGGAGCCUCCGGCAACGUCACCGUAGAACCGAAGAAAGGUCGACUCUUGGCAUUCACGUCUGGUUCCGAGAAUCCCCACAGAGUGGAGCCAGUGGAGAGAGGUGUUCGGUACGCACUGACCGUGUCCUUCUCCUGUGAUCCUUCAAAGGCCGUCGCCGACCCCGGAACGUCGUCAGCGGCACAGGCCCAAAAUAAGCGACAGGAACUUUGAUGCAAAAGGUUCCUCGAGGACUGUUCGUUGGCAUCUUGCUGACGUUGUACUGUUUUUCAACUUUGCAAUCGUAUGUUUGCCGACGUGGAAGCCGGUAGUCCACUGUGGUGCUGGUGGUGUACCAGGGCACUCCAGAUGUUACUGGGUGUCUCGUUCGGAAGAAAGCGACGGUUUGUUGAGCUAUAAAUUGUGUCGCGCGACGGAACAUGCAGUAAUUUUGUCAAAGUGUGCAUCCUCUUGGUUGUCACAACAUCCUAGGCUGGGAAAGAGCAGCUUGAAGGAAGCGUAAAGAUAAGCUCAAAAGACUUCACCGAUCUAUGGAUCGCUGGCACCAGAACAACAUCAUUAAAGUCCCCUAGGCUACAGCGCAUAGGUUGUGCCGGGAGCUCACACGAAAACUGACAAACAAGUUCCUCUUGUGAGGGCAGAGUAUUUUACAGAGAGUAAUAAUCAGUUCCGUUCAUCCAGAAUCUCCGUAACACAGAUAUGUACACUCAGCAAUACUGUGAUCAGGAACAUGCCAUCAUCUAUUUUUUCUUUUUUUUUAUUAGUAUUGAACGACUAUCAUCAAAACUACUAUAGUGGUGGAAAGUGCUCGGUUAAAGUAUUAACUGAAGUGGCAAGUUUUGAUAGCCCCCAGUACCCUUUCAAAAUAAAAUGUGAAAAAAACGUCGAAGUCGUGUGCGCUAACAGUGCUAUGCGGUGUACCUUUUUCAUUGGCAGUUCAAAUUCUCAUUCUGCAUCCUUUUACGGGCCAGGUAUGCAAAAAAGUAUAAUGGUGGGGUCCCAAUUUGGAAGUAGAAACUUAGCAUACCUGUCACCAAGUGACGUAGCCAGGAAUUGUUUUCAGGGGGAGCCGAGGUGGCUGGGAUGUCCAUGACGGGGGGUGCGGUGCGGGGGGGGGGGGGGGGGGUCAAAUUGCACAUUUUUUUAUAGUCGGGUUGACUUCUGAAGGGGGCUGAAGGCCCCCCCCCCCCCCCCCAGAAAUCCAGCAGACCCUAUAAAAAGUUUAGUUUUAACCAAGGCAAAACUUCAGCCGUGACCAGACUUUGGCCGAAAAGGAACCGAUGAUGUGACUAACCAAAUGGAAGUGUUGACCUGAACUGUGAUACAACCAAAACUGCAGGCCCAACCGACCGGUGUGAUAUUUAAGCUGGGCUUAAUCGGUCUGUUGAGAACUAGUCGGAAUGGUGCUACUUAUUCCCACCAGCCGUUGGGUUGUGGAAAAACAAAUUUUUAAGAUGAAGUCUAGCAAGUGAUCAAUGGGACCAUAUGCCUGCAUUAUUCUUUCUUUCAGCAACAUAUGUAUUUACAACUCCUUCGACGGUAUUAUUCUAAAUGUUGGGGGAGAAAGGCAUCCUCACUAUUGUCAUGACCUCUGCACAAGUGUUGGUCGUACAUUGUCACCACUCUACCUUUUGACUCGUGGCCUCUGCUUUUGACUUAUUUUUGAAGCUUACCAAAGCCUGUACAAAAUGUUGUGAACUGUUUUUUUUGGGGGGAAUAAAGGUUUCUACUCGUUUUCAAAGUUUC